GGCCAAUCGCCAAUGUCUUAGAGCCCAAAGAGUCCGAUGGGAUGCGGAUGAUGAUCUAAGAAAUGAGUAGUUACGAGUUAGUAGCCGGUCUAAUCUUAGAAAAACAAUUGAAUGCUAUCCCCCGUGAAAUUUUGAUGCAUAAUUGAGAAAACAAAAAUAGUAAAUAAGUUAAAAAUGUGAUCGAAGAUGAAAGUGGAUUGGAAGAAAUGGAAAAAAAAUAAUGAUGUUAAUUGUGGAUGGUAAUUAGAGGUAGCGAUAAUCUAGGUGGAGCGAGUGAGGGCAAGCUGUCCUCCAUCAUCGCCCACCUCCAUAUGUUUAUGUUGUGCUCUCGACCUCUCCAAUUCCUCAUUCCCGGCAGGGCAUUUUCGUCAAUGACCUCCUCCUCCCUCACCCCCAACCCCAGGCUGCGCGGCCUCGUCUUCGACAUGGACGGAACCCUAACGGUCCCCGUCAUCGACUUCCCCGCCAUGUACAGAGCCGUCCUCGGCGAACAAGACUACCUCCGGAUCAAGUCCCAGAGCCCCUCCGGCAUCGAUAUUUUGCACCACAUUGAGACCUGGACCCCCGAUAAGCAGAAGCGGGCAUACGAGAUUAUUACCGAUUUCGAGAAACAGGGAUUGGAUAAGCUCCAAAUUAUGCCCGGUGCUGCAGAACUUUGUGAAUUUCUCGAGUCAAACAAUAUUAGGAGAGGAUUGAUCACAAGAAAUGUCAAGGAUGCAGUUGAUUUAUUCCACAAGCGGUUUGGGAUGACAUUUUCUCCUGCAUUAAGCAGGGAGUUUCGACCUUACAAACCGGACCCUGCUCCACUUCUAUACAUAUGUUCAAAUUGGGAUAUGCAGCCUAAUGAGGUUAUGAUGGUUGGGGAUAGUCUCAAGGAUGACGUGGCCUGCGGGAAAAGAGCAGGAGCUUUUGCAUGCUUGCUCGAUGAAACGGGAAGGUACAAUGCCCCCGAAUACCAGAAUGUCGAAUUCAAGCCAGAUUACAAAGUGUCUUCUCUUUUUGAACUUCAGUCUCUUCUGGAAAAGAAUUUUAACCUUAUUGCUGAUCCCAACUCGGCAGCUCACAACUGAAGAUGCUCACAUGGGAAGUCGGCACUUCUGUAAGCUAUAAUUCUUGUCUUGCAAUGUAUCGUGGUUACUAAAUAUUCAUGGUAGUAUAAAAAUGCAGAAAAGGCAUGUUUUUAAGUGAAUGAAUGUUCACUUUCAAACUGAAUAACUUAGAUUGGUAGAAAAAGGCUUCUUGAACUAGAUGAACUAUUGAAUGCUAAGUUUUCUUUUAGUGAAACAAAAAGUUUGUUUCGCUGAUUAUGUUUAGAACAUCUUGUAAAACAUCAUUUGUUUCUUGCUUGUUGGAGGUACCAAAUCAUUAUAUGAUUUGUACCUUAACCUCAGUAGAUGCGUGGAUUUCAAUUAAUCAGGCAUUUCAAGUUC